CCACAACCAGAAAUCCCUUUUCCAAGAAAACGAAACUUAUUGUCUCUCUCUCGCGCGUGCUCUCUCUCUCUCGCUCUCUCUCUCUCUCAGUGUGUGACUACAGGAAAAUGGCAGAGGCUGGUUUUUCAAAAGAAAAGGAUCAGAUCAGCUGUCCAGUGUGUCUGGAUCUCCUGAAGGAUCCAGUGACUACUCCCUGUGGCCACAAUUUCUGUAAGGUGUGUAUUAAUGGCUGCUGGGAUAAGGAGGAUCUGAAGGGCGUCUACAACUGCCCCCAGUGUAAGGAGACUUUCACUCCAAGGCCUGUUCUACAAAGAAACAACAUGCUGGCUGAAGUGGUGGAGAAACUGAAGAAAGCUGCUUCUCCUGCUCACCGUUACGCUGGACCUGUAGAUGUGGAGUGUGAUUCCUGCAUCGGGAGAAAGCGCAAAGCCCUCAGUUACUGUCUGGUGUGUCGGGCCUCCUAUUGUGAAGAUCAUCUUAAACCUCACUAUCAGUCUCCUGCCUUUAAGAAGCACAAGUUAGUUGAACCCUGUGCAGAGCUCCAGGAGAAGAUCUGCUCUCAGCACGACAAACCGAUGGAGAUCCUUUGUCGUACUGACCAAAGCUUCAUCUGUUACUUGUGUACGAUGGAUAAACACAAAGGCCAUGAUACAGUUUCAACUAAAGCAGAAAGAACUGAAAAACAGAAUGAGCUAAAGGAGGAGCAGAUGAAAUCCCAGCAGAGGAUCCAGGAGAAGCAGGAGAAGGUGCAGAAGCUGAAACAGACUGUGGACACUAUUAAGUUGCGUUCACAGGCAGCAGUAGAUGAGAGUGAGAAGAUCUUUACUGAGCUGAUCAGCUCCAUGGAGAAAAAGCGUUCGGAGGUGAAGGAGCUGAUCAGAGCUCAGGAGAAAGCUGAACUGAGUCGAGCUGAACGACUCCUGAAGCAACUGGAGCAGGAGAUUGCUGAUCUUAAGAGGAGAGUCACCGAGCUGGAGCAGCUUUCACACACACUCGAUCACAUCCACUUCCUCCAGAGUUUCCCGUCUCUCUGUGUUUCUCCUGGAUCUGAGGACUCACCCAGCUUCACUGUCAAUCAACAUCUCUCAUUUGAUGGAGUGAGGAAAUCUCUCUCAGAUCUGAAACAACAAGUCGAGGAAAUGUGUGAGGAGGAAUUCAACAAAAUCCGUAAAGAGAGGCAUAAAAGUCAUAUAACAGAAAUAAGAAUUCAGAUGAUUUCACCCUCAGAACCAAAGAGCAGGAAAGAUUUUCUGCAGUAUUUCUGUUAUCUGACUUUGGAUCCCAACACGGCACAUCCUUACCUCAUUCUGUCUGAGGAGAACAGAGUGGUGACACACAGUAGGACAGAACAGCGAUGCUCUGAUCAUCCUGAGAGAUUUGACUACUGGCCUCAGGUGUUGUGUAAGGAGAGUGUGUGUGGACGCUGUUACUGGGAGGUAGAGUGGAGCAAUGUUGUGGAAAUAUCAGUCUCAUAUAAAGAGAUUGGGAGAAAAGGAGGGGGUAAUGAGUGCUUGUUUGGAUACAACAGUCAGUCCUGGAGUCUGUGUUGUUCUUCUUCCUUUGUCUAUUUCCGGCACAACAGUAUUAAGAAGGUGCUCCAAGGUCCCGUGUCCUCCAGAAUAGGAGUGUAUGUGGAUCACAGUGCAGGAACUCUGUCCUUCUACAGCGUCUCUGUCAGGAUGAGGCUCCUCCACAGAGUCCACACCACAUUCACUCAGCCUCUAUACGCUGGGUUCUGGAUAUGGGAUUAUAAUUUACCUAUGAGGUUACAUUAUCUAAAAUAAAAUGUUAGUAACCGAGUUCAGAAUUCAAAAAAUUCAAAUUUUGAUGUCUUCCUAACCUGCGGUGGCACUGUUGUGUGCAGAAAUUUUCUAUACACACAAAAGUUACAUAAAUAAUCUUUUAUUGCAGAAUGUAGGAUGUUUGUAGAAAAAGAGGAACGUUAUUAAACAGACUCCUUUUAGGAGAUUUAUUUUACUGAUAUGAAAAAUCUACAACGUCUCAAAACAAUUCUGUUUUGGCUUUGGCAAAGAUUGUCUUCAGACACAAUAAAACUUUCUCAGACUGUUGAAUCUUUCUGUUUUGCUGCUGGUAGAAACACACUAUACUGUGUGUCAAGGCCAUAGGCACAUCCUGAACAUUGGGCCGGACCAAACAAUUUGGUGGGGGUGGGAUCAUAAAUGUAAUCGUCUUUUUUAGUUCUCAAUGUAAUAAAGGCCCAAAUAUUUAUAUAUAACCUUUAUAUUUAGGACCAAAAUAACUAGGUCAGUGUGUAGUACAAUACAAAAACAAGUUAGAUUAGACGUUUUAUUAUGUUUCAGAUUUACUCUUUCUCUACCUCCAGGCAGGCUUUUCAUCUUAUUAUGCACAGAUAUAGUGAAUAAUAUGUUCCAAACGGUAGAGCAGACAAAAUAUGACUUAAAAAACUUCCACUGUGUAUAUACUGCUAGCUUUUUUCCUGUUCCUGUCAACUUUUCUGCUGUCCUAAAGAAAAAAAUUAUAUCACUUGAUUGUCUUUUAUUAUUGUCUAUGUGAACAUGACUGUGAACACAGUCUGAAAACAGCAUCUUCUUGGUGCCAAAUUGUAAUGUAGUGUUGCAGCAAUAAAACUACUAACAAUAAGGACAAA